AUGGCGCUCUUUCUCUCUCGCGCAUGUCUCACGCCUCCCAAGACGCCUCGGAACGUCUUCUUUCCCUGGCAAGUCUUCAGCGUGCAUCGAACUGGGGCGUUCCUCGAGCGGAGACGGGUCGCUCUGAAGGUUCCAGUCAACUUGACCAAGUUCGAGAUCCAGAGCUACUUGGAAAAGAUUUACGGCGCGCGAGUGCUCAAGGUCUCCACGCUGAUCGUCGUCCCCAGACGCCGCAGAGACAUCUUCGGUCCCCGGCCGUCGAUGCGCUAUUACCGCGUCGGGUGUACGUUCAAGAAGGCGAUUGUUACGCUCGAGGACGGUGUGCCAGACGCUGUGAAGAUGCUGCGGUCUUCGAUAGAACUGGCGAAGAAUCCGGAUAUCACGAAACACAACCUGACUUACUCCGGCCGAGUGCGAGCCUUUAAGCCCCCCAGUGCGGCUCAGCGGUGGGAGAUGGGAGAGUCGAAGUAUGCCUGGCGCCUGCCGAUCCCGAACUUGCUCGCAGGUGACGAGAUGCAGUUGAAUCCGGCGUUGCGAAUCGACGAGAGCACGACACAGAUGUUUCCCGAUUUCUCCAAACCGUUCUUCCACAAUGCGCAUUUCAACUUUUCUUGGAAGCCUGAAGAGGUUCCUUUUCAGCAGACAGUGAAACUCGACAUCACGCCUUGGCGCCGCAGACUCGAGCGGCUUCAAGGCCAGUCGCCGCCCGCGCUCGGCGAAGCAGACGCAGGUGCUCUGUCGAACCUUCGGACUCAGAAAUAGUCGCAAACUUUCUUCUUCCCGGCGAGCGAUCUGCGCGCAACGGCCGCGUCUCUGCUGGCGCUUCUUCUCCUCCCGAUACUCACCUGCGUCUUCUCUUGUCAACUUCGAUCUUCCUCUGCUCCU